CUAUCCCACAACCUCCUUUCGAAAAGAAAGGUCUCAGUCGUACGAUCGAGUGAAUCAGGAAGGGUUGAAAAAUAAGAGAAAUUAAAGCCAUAAUGCUUGGCCAGGCUGUUCGACGAUUUACCACUUCUGCGAUCCGUGGAUCUCACUAUGGAGAGGGACCAGGACAGAACUUGCCCUUCUCCGUGGAGAACAAGUGGAGGCUCCUGGGCAUGAUGGUGCUGUACUUCGGAAGCGGGUUCACCUUCCCCUUCAUUGUGGUCAGACACCAGCUGCUGAAGAAGUGAUGCGUCCGCUCCUUCAGUCACCUCUCCUGGUCUGAUGUCUGUCUGAAUAUAUUUAAUCUACAGUCUCUUCCUAACGAAGAAUGGGGAUUCCUUCAUUGUCUUUGUAAAUAAAAUGAAUACAAAUA